GAGGCCCUGAAGGAAGAGUUCUGAAAUGGCGAACGGCGCGAAUCUAGAGUCCCAGCUGUGCUCGGAACAGUUCGGUUCCGGGACGGCCCGGAGCUGCCUCGCCGCCGCCGACGGGCGCUUGCAGUGGGAGGCUUGGGGGUGGCGCUGGUGGGGGUUCUCUGGGCCCUUCACAGCAAAACCCCAAGGACGGGAUGGCGGCGGAGCGGGUACACCCGGGACUGCUUCACCAUCUCUCUCCCGUCUCAUGGCCGUGUUCCUGCCGCAGGGCUUCCCCGAUAGCGUCAGCCGGGACUAUCUGCCCUACCAGCUAUGGGAUUCCGUUCAGGCCUUUGCUUCCAGCCUCUCAGGCUCCCUGGCUACCCAUGCAGUCUUGCUGGGCAUAGGGGUGGGGAACGCAAAAGCUUCUGUUUCAGCUGCCACUGCCACCUGGUUGGUGAAAGAUUCAACUGGCAUGCUGGGCCGCAUCCUCUUUGCCUGGUGGAAGGGGACUAAACUGGACUGCAAUGCCAAGCAGUGGAGGCUUUUUGCUGAUAUCCUCAACGAUGUAGCCAUGUUCCUCGAGAUUAUAGCUCCCAUAUAUCCAAUCUUUUUCACCGUGAUCGUCUGUACCAGCAACCUGGCCAAGUGCAUUGUGAGCGUGGCUGGUGGGGCCACUCGGGCUGCCCUGACCAUGCACCAGGCCAGGAGAAACAACAUGGCUGAUGUGUCCGCCAAGGACAGCAGCCAGGAGACACUGGUAAACCUGGCAGGGCUCCUGGUCAGCCUCUUGAUGCUUCCCCUGGUGUCAGCUGGCCCUGGCUUCAGCCUCGGUUGGUUCUUCUUCCUCACCGCCCUUCACAUCUACGCCAACUACCGGGCAGUCCGAGCCCUUGUCCUAGAGACCUUGAAUGAAGGCCGGCUCCGGCUGGUCCUGAAGCACUUCCUUCAGAGGGGAGAGGUACUUGGGCCUACCUCAGCUAAUCAGAUGGAGCCACUGUGGACAGGUUUUUGGCCAUCUCUGUCUCUAUCCCUGGGGGUCCCCCUACACCGCUUGAUCUCCAGUGUCUUUGAGCUACAACAGCUGGUUGAGGGACACCAAGAACCCUACCUCCUUCACUGGGACAAGUCACAAAGCCGGGUGCAAGUUGUUCUGAGCCAGAUGGCAGGCCCUGAAACCAUCCUGAGGGCUGCCAUACACGGACUGGUGCUUGAAGCCCUGCAGGGAGAGGGGCCCCUCCCGAGAGAACUGACAGAACUGAGGAACCAAGUACGGGCAGGUCCUGAGAAGGAGAGCUGGGUCAUUGUCAGAGAGACACACCAAGUGUUGGACAAGCUAUUCCCAAAAUUCUUGAAAGGAUUGCAGGAUGCAGGCUGGAAGACUGAGAAGCACCAGCUAGAGGUGGAUGAGUGGAGGGCCACCUGGCUACUCUCUCCGGAAAAGAAGAUCUUGUGAGCAGCCCA